CUCACACGCACAUGCCUCCCCUCCCCAGGCCGAGGCCCAGCUGACCCCCAGGGCUCCCACGGCAGCGGACAGGGAAGGGUUAAAGGCCCCCAGCCCCCUGCCCCCUGCCCUGGGGAACCCCUGCCCUGUGGGGACAUGAACAGUGUCUGCUGCCUGGUCCUGGUCGCGCUGAGCCUGUGGCCAGGUAGAGCUGCUGCCCCGGGGCCACCUCCUGGCCCCCCACGGGCCUCCCCAGACCCUCGGGCUGAGCUGGACAGCGCCGUCCUCCUGACCCGCUCUCUCCUGGCGGACACUCGGCAGCUGGCCGCACAGCUGAGAGACAAAUUCCCAGCUGACGGAGACCACAACCUGGAUUCCCUCCCCACCUUGGCCAUGAGUGCGGGGGCACUGGGAGCCCUGCAGCUACCGGGAGUGCUGACACGGCUGCGGGCAGACCUGUUCUCCUACCUGAGGCAUGUGCAGUGGCUGCGCCGGGCAGGAGGCCCUUCCCUGCGGACCCUGGAGCCCGAUCUGGGCGCCCUGCAGGCCCGGUUGGACCGGCUGCUGCGCCGGCUGCAGCUCCUGAUGUCCCGCCUGGCCCUGCCCCAGGCGCCCCCAGACCCACCGGCACCACCCCUGCCUCCCCCGGCCUCACCCUGGGGAGGCGUCCGGGCGGCCCAUGCCAUCCUUGGGGGGCUGCACCUGACGCUCGACUGGGCUGUGCGGGGCUUGCUGCUGCUGAAGACUCGGCUGUGACCCUCCACCUAGAGCCACCAGCGCCCUUCAAAGCCAGACCUUAUUUAUUUAUUUAUUUCGGGACUGGGGGCGUGGUAGCCAGAGGACUCCGCCCUCACCAUUGUCUCCCUCUCGUUAGAGACGAUCCCUCCAGGAGACCUGGGCAGGGGGGCAU